CGUCCCGACCCCCGCCCCCGGCUCCUUCCCAUUAAGGCUCCGCUGAUCUCGACCCACCGCUUCCCGGCCCGUCCGCGCAGGGACCGUAACCGGACCCACAACCGGACCCAGCCCCAGCAUGAGCCCGGCCUGGAGCCCGCUGUUGCCGCUGCUGCUGCUGUGGGGUUGCGCCAUGGGGCAGAGCGACCCGCCCCCCGCCCCUAACGCCACGAGGCCCGUGUUCCUGUGCGGUGGGGAGCACGUGGGCGACUCGGGGUACAUCGCCAGCGAGGGGUUUCCCAACCACUACCCGCCCAGCAAGACCUGCACCUGGACCAUCACGGUGCCCGAGGGCCAGGUGGUGAUUCUCUCCUUCCGCGUCUUCGACCUGGAGCCGGACCCCGGCUGCCGUUACGACUCACUGGAGGUUUUCAACGGGCACUCGGCCAGCACCCAGCGCCUGGGGCGCUUCUGCGGCACCUUCCGGCCCGGGGCCCUGCUCUCCACCGGCAACCGCAUGCUGCUGCGCAUGGUGACGGACGAGGGCACCGGGGGCCGCGGCUUCCUGGUCUGGUUCAGCGCCGGCCUCCCCCACGUCAAUGAGCAUCAGUUCUGUGGGGGGAAGCUGGAGAAGCCCCAGGGCAGCCUCAAGACCCCGAACUGGCCCGAGAGCAACUACCCGGCUGGGAUCAGCUGCUCCUGGCACAUCAUAGCGCCCGUGGGCCAGGUGGUGGAACUGACCUUCGGGAAGUUCGACGUGGAGGACGACACCUACUGUCGCUACGACUACGUGGCCGUUUUCAACGGGGGGGCCACCGAUGACUCCCGGCGCGUCGGCAAGUUCUGCGGGGACCGCACCCCCGGCACCAUCUACUCGGAAGGCAACGAGGUGCUGGUUCAGUUCGUGUCGGAUCUCAGCGUCACGGCUGACGGCUUCGCCGCCUCCUACGCCGUCAAGAGCCCGUCGGAGGCGACCGACAAGGCCACGAAACCAGCCCCCGGGAUCUUCCCCGGCUCCAAACCGGGCCAGGCCGGCACCAAGCCUUCCGGGAAACCGAAACCGGCGCCCGAGCCCAAACCCACCGCCCGGGCCCCAGCAGCCGAGCUGCCCAGCUGCCCCCAGAAAUGCCGCCGGUCGGGAAGUCUACAGAGCCACUUCUGUGCCAACAACUUUGUUAUCACCGGCACCGUGAAAACCGCUGUGCGAGGGGCCGGCGACCGGGUCACAGCCACUGUCUCGCUCCUCAACACCUACAAGGCUGGAGCCCUCAGCCUGCCCCAGGCCGAGAAAGGGGCCACCCUGCACCUGGAGGUCCCCUGCCGCCAGUGCCCCACCCUCAAGAAAGGUUCCAGCUACAUCUUCAUGGGCCGGGUGGACGCCGAGGGGGUCGGCGAAUUGUCCCCCGAGAGCUUCGUGGUCCCGUAUCGGCAGCAGCAGCACCAGGUCCUCACCACGCUCAGCAAGCGGUCGUGCGGGGUGGCGCCAAAGAAGAAGAACGCUUGAGCCCA